AUGUGUGGCAUCUUUUGUUUGUUGAGAUUGUUGUCCACUCAUCAUGAAUUGGACAAGACAAUUUUACAAUAUUUGAAAAGGAGAGGACCUAAUUCAAGUCAGGACAUAACCGUAACAGGCUCAAAUCCCUUCUAUCAGUGUGUAUUCUCUGCCCAUGUCCUUCACAUGAGGGGUCUCCUUACCCCUCAGCCAAUCCAAGACAGUAUCGGAAAUAUCUUGAUGUGGAAUGGGGAGGUUUUUGGAGGAUUACCAAUAAACUCUGUGGAUAAUGACACAGAUAUUCUCUCCCAGAAGCUUUUUGCAUGUAACAGCCCUUCAGAGAUUCUGUCCAUCCUUUCCUAUGUACGUGGACCCUGGGCAUUUGUUUACUACCAGCAGGUUGGAAACUACCUUUGGUUUGGCAGAGACUUCUUUGGCAGGCGAAGUUUGCUUUGGCAGUUUGAUGCAGAUGAGGGUGCUUUGACUCUGACAUCUGUUGCUGUCCAGGCUUUUGGCUCUGAGCGAUCUCUUUGGCAAGAAGUCCCUGCUGUCGGUGUUUACAGGAUUGAUCUGAAAGCAGCUGCACAAACUGGAUUACUAACCUUUGAGGUUUAUCCUUGGACUCACGUGGGAGGUAAUCUUUCUCCAGUUUUCUCUGAAAUUAAGUGGGAGGGUCUCCCUAACAAUUGUGUUGCAAUGAUGAAUCAAUCAGGAAUUGUUCUCACCUCACCAGUGAGUCCAUUGAAUAUGAUGUUGCCGAAAUCAUUAAAUGAGAGAACCUUUUGUGCAAGUUUGCAUCCAUCUGUUGAGGACCUGGAACAGUUUUUAGUAUAUACAGGUAGGGCUAAUGAGGUAGAUGGUCUUAUUGAUGUGCUCAGUGAGGCAGUGCGGCAACGUGUUCAAUGUUUGCCUAGUGGCGGACAAGAAAACUUGCCAUCCAAUGAAUACCAAGCUACUGUUGCCAUACUCUUCUCCGGGGGUAUAGACUCUAUGGUCCUUGCAGCCUUGGCUGAUCGUCACAUACCCACCCAUCAACCUAUAGAUCUUCUAAAUGUAGCAUUUAAAAUGCAGGAGCUAAAGGCGAAGGAAGAAUCCACUAAAAGACCCAAAAAGCAUAAAAAUAAGACCACAGAUUCCAUGAGUGAUGCAGCUCAUCCCCAAAUAUACAGACCCUUUGAUGUUCCAGACAGAAUCACUGGAAGAGCUGGUCUGAAGGAAUUACUGGAUUUGAAUCCAACAAGAAGAUGGAAUUUUGUCGAAAUCAAUAUCACCCAAGAGGAACUUCAGACAGCACGACAGCAACGAAUUUGUCACUUGGUGCAUCCACUGGAAACAGUGCUCGAUGACAGCAUUGGAUGUGCCAUGUGGUUUGCGGCCAGAGGGAGUGGUUUCAUCACAGAGAGCAAUGACCAAAGGCUCUUCACUUCAUCAGCAAAGGUCAUAUUGACUGGCAUCGGAGCAGACGAGCAGCUUGCUGGUUACUCCAGACACAGAGUCCGAUUUAAGAUGUCUGGACAUGAGGGACUGGUCCAAGAGCUUGCCAUGGAGCUGGGAAGAAUCUCCUCAAGAAACUUGGGCCGCGAUGACAGAGUCAUUGGAGACCAUGGAAAGGAAGCCAGAUUCCCCUACUUAGAUGAGGAUGUGGUGAGCUACUUGAAUUCCCUGCCUGUGCAGAGCAAGGCAGAUCUGUCUUUGCCACGAGGUAUUGGGGAGAAGCUUCUCUUGAGACUAGUGGCUAAGGAGUUGGGCCUCGGCCCCUCUGCCGUACUGCCCAAGAGAGCCAUGCAGUUUGGCUCCCGGAUCGCCAAGAUGGAAAACAGCCAUGAAAAGGCCUCUGAUAAGUGCAAUAGACUCUUCACGGGGUAG